CUUUUUCAGCCCUCUUAUGGUUUUAACCUAAAUGAUCCUUAUGGUCGACUAUUAGAAACCAGAUACAAAAGCCUGCAUGAUCCUCAUUUAAGUGCCUACUACAAGCGUAAAGAUACCUUGAAGCGAUUAAAGAAAGGAGGUUACAUCACCAGCAAUAACAAAAUUGUAUGCACUUUGAGAGAGUUUAAUAAAUACCGACAAUAUCUAACGAGCCUCAAAUUAGACUUUGAAAGAAACUAUAUAAGAGAACAAAAAAUGCUUGAAAAGCAAGUCACCAGACUCCAGGAACAUAAUCAAAUCCCAGACAGCAGAGAUGCUGCACAGUUCAGAGAAUGGCUCUUACAAGAAGGCACACAGUCUAUUCAGGACCAAGAGCGCUUAAUAAGGCACAGAUAUUUAGAUAUGAUCAGCAGGGAGCUGGAGAAGCUUGAGCGGUCCUCUGAAGAACGGCACCUCAUCCGGAUGAAUGAAGAAGAGAAAAGACAGAGGGAGCAAACAAGGAAAAAACUUAGUCUUCGGAGGAAGAUUGAAGAGGAAUGGAAAACAAAGGAGAUGUUACUUUUGACCAGAAUUGGAGAGGAAGUUAAAAGAGAAGCUCGAAUCGAGGAACAACGAAGGAAAAGUCGAGAGGAGAGUGACAGGAAGAAACAAGCACUUCUUGAGAAAAAAAUGGCCUAUCACUUGCGGAAAAUGCAAGGGAAUGGCUUAAAAAAAGAAGAACCGGAGAAAGCAUCUUUGGAUUAUAAUAAAGGACAUGGGACAUACUUUGAAAGCGAUGAGAUUAGAAGACCAGAGCAUGCAACACUCUCUGUUCGACCCUCUCGUAGUAGUACAAAGAGCGGGACCAAGAAGUCAAGCACGUCUAUGUAUUCGCAGGGUGACAUUAAUGAAGAUGAUGUUACUGAUACCAGGUGUAAUGGAGAUGUGCCUAACAAGUCGAGUGGAAUGGAAACUGGAGUGGUCAAAGAAGACAUAAAACCAUGUGGCCAGCCCUGUGGACAGCUGGGUGGCAGCAGCAGCAGCUGGCAACAUCACCUCCUGCAAAACAGCCUACAAGAAAAAAUAUCUGCUGAAGAAUUAAAUACCAUACUUCAAAAUGUAAUGACCUGGGUUGUAGCUACAGUGACCAGUAUUUUAUAUCCAGCCAUCACAAUGUAUGAAGAAAGGUUGCGUACAAAUAUAUACCCGCUAUCUGAUGAUUCAGUUCUCUCUUCGGGUAGCUCAAGUUUCUGUAGUACUUGCAGUGACGAAUUUGCAUACAGAGCUUAUUCUGCAGCCGCAGCUAAAAAGAUCAGUUGUACAGAUGUAAGUUCAAAGACAGUGAACUUGCCUAUGGUGCCAGAAGGGCAGCCCAUAGUAACAAAAAUAUCAAGACCUACCCAAAUUGAAACCACCAUCUUGAAAGAAACAUAUUCCAACAAGAAGGGUCAAACAGUAGCUCAAUUUAAAUAUAACAAGAUGGGAACGAGCUAUGAUGUCCCCGAGAUAAGGAGCUGUAAGUCUGACAGUCAACUUUUAUCUCCAGUUGAAGUACGUGAGAAGAAGGAUGCUACUACAGAAACAGAAGAAUUACCUACUGAGUCCCCAGAAGAAAAAGAAAAACCUGUUACUGAGGUGAAGGAGUUAAAAAAUGUUUUUGUUAAUUUUAAAUGUCACCUAAAAGAAGAAACAGAAUUGAUUUUGGAAAACAUUUUUCAAGAAAUACUAUCUGAUUUGGCUCAAGCAAUUCCCUCUCUCUCUGCUGUUACGGCUGAAGUUUUUGUUGACCAUCUUGAAACUGGCAAAGACACUGUGCUCUCCAGUGUGGAUGUUGGCUUGGCAGCAACAGAUAUUGUUGAAAAUAUGCUUGAUAAGCUGCAGUCUGCAGUUGAAAAAAAAUGCAUUGAGAUCUCUUCACAAGAAGACCUGUCAGUCACCUUCAAGCCAGGUUUAUCUGUCAGUGAGGAACAUUUUAGUAGCAAACCAGAAAAGCCUUUUAAAGCAACAGUCUCCGGUUCUCUGGAACCAAUGUGUGGCAUUGCAGAGGACAUGGUGCAUGUUAUUUUAGAAAAGUUGAUGACAUUUGCAGCUUCCAAGAAAAGUGACUUGUCUCAGCAAAAAGAAACAACAGCAACAGAAGUUACUGUUGAGGAACAGCCUGUUGAAAAGUCACCAAAAAGUACUGAAUCCAGUGCUGCUUGCGUAAUUGUAAAAGAAGAAAUCCAGAACUUAGUGUCAAACAUUUUUUCACAAUCUUCUGUGGUUGGUUAUGUUGAAGAAGCAAUCAGCACCAUACUGGGUUAUAUACAAACUGAACUUGACAAUGAAAGACUGAUUGCAUCUGAAGAAACCAUAAUAGUCCUGCAGCUACUUGAUGAUAUCUUCACUGAACUGAAUGAGGAAAAAGAAGAAGAGGAAGAAGAAGAAGUAGGAGAGGUACAAGUAGAUAUUAAUCAAAGUAAAAGGAAAUGUCCCAGACUGAAAAGCCCUACUCUUCUUAAGGAAGAAUACAGGCUCAUAGGCACAACAGUGUCAAAGGUUGGUCCUGGGUCUGGAAAACCACUUCCACCUGUUAAUGUUCCUGGAAUGGUCUUAUAUUCAGAAGAUGAUAAUGAAGAAAUAGACAAAAUGGUGGCAAGUGUCCUUGUGUCAUCUGUCAGAGAUCAGAAGGCACUAUUGAGAGAACAGGCUAUGAAAGAACACUUUAAGAAGGAAGUUACCAGUCUUGGACACAAGAGAAAAGUCAAAUCACCUACAAAGCCUGCUUCCCAUGGCAGAGUAGCAUUUCGUGAGUGGGGAGUACAGUCUGAAUUACAAACUUCUUCAAGUGAAGACAAGCUUGCAGAAGAAGUAAAGCCAAAAAAACAAAUGUUAGGUUUUAGCCAGGAUGAAAAACAUCAAAUACAGAAAGCAUCAGAAAAUAUUGUUACAGACAUUUUAACUGACAUACUCAGAGAAAUGAUAACUAUGCCCUCUAGUCAGACGAGCUAUAGAGACGUUAAAGAAACUUCAUCUUUUGCCUCUGAAAUGUUUCAUGAAUUGUCCCCUGAAGAAUGGAUGGACCAAGUUAGGAAUGACAUGUUCUCGACAUCAGAAAUCAGUGUAGUGGCUAAUGACAUGACAGAUGCAGUGCUGAAAAUACUUCAUUCAGUUUCAUCAUGUCAAAUUUCAGAUAUUAACAAAGAUUCCAGUACUACUUCACUUUAUCAGUCCUCUGUAGAUGCUCUAGAUACUCCCCCUGAGAUCAAAGAAAUAUAUGGAAUUCAUCAGAUUGCCCCAUUGCUACCCAAAGAGCCACUGAAAAUAUGGUUUGAGAGUGACAAGAAGAUGAAAUCUCUAUUCAAUAUAGAGCAAGCACAACCUCCCUGGCUUGAAUCUCCAGCAACUGAAGAAGCACCUGAAGCUGAUAAUGUGAGUAACGAGAUCAUCCGUACAAUCUUUAAAAAGCUGAAAUCAUUUGUUUUUCCAAAAUUGCAAAAAUGCUUUAGGUCAAACCUUCGAUCACAACUUAGUGCUUAUACAACCAAAGUUGUGAACAUUGUUUUAGGUGCUAUUCGAAAUGGAUUGGAAGUCAAUAAGAAGAAAAAAAGUGUCAGGGAGCCUGAGACCCCAAUAACCUUUGUAGAGGAAGAUGAUUUUCCUCUCUCUGAUAAAGAACUGGAAUCUGUUGUAUCAAAUCUCAAUGAUGAUAUUAUGGCAAGUUCAUUAGUAACAUGCAUUUGUGAGAUGUUUGUAUUUAGUGGUAAUAAUGUCAACGAAGCAGCCAGAUCUCAAGUGUUAGAAAGAAUUGGUAAUACAUUAUUCGAAAUGUUGAACAAAAUAAUGGGAGAACCUCUGCUCCCUUGUUUGAGUCAUGUAUCUGUUCAUGAAGAGUGUACUGACGAGAGUCUGACAGCAACUCCAGCACUGCACUCUAAUAUUCAGGUAGUUUCUAAUGUCAUUCUUGAAGACAUCCUUGAAAAAUUAUGUUCUGAGAUGGAUCACAAACCCCCCAAUUCUGAAAUUAGGACAAUCUCAAAUGAUCUAGAUGAGGACAGCCUAUAUCCUACUGUAGUGGUGGAGGAAGUAGCCAAGUGCACAGAUAUAAUGUCUUAUAUGGAAUCCGAUACUAUCGAAGAAGAGAGUAAAGAGCUGUCUAGCCAUGAGAUGAAAAGUGCUGACCCUUCACCAAGAGUGAGCAUACCAGGAUUCCAUAGAAAUAAUCUGAAAAUGGUGGCUUCAGAUAUUCUUAAAACUGUUUUUAAUAAAUUAGAGGGCUUUGCCAAUUUAAAUUUGUGGUCAAGAGGUACCACAAGAAGCGAAAACCAUGGUUGGAUGUCACCACAAGCCAGUACAUCAACCAAAGUGGAAAGUCAUGAUGAUCAUCUGCAAUCUACUCUACAGAGAAAUGCCAAAAAGGUAUCAAGUGCCAUUUUGAAGGCUAUUCAGGUAGAAUUAAAUGGAAACACACAGGAUUCUGAGACAAAAGUCAGCAAUCCAGCUCAAGAAAAAGUGGUGAUCAAAAAUCUGGUCAAUUUAAUUUUAGAUGCUGUGUCUCCAGAAAUAUGUCAAGAAUCCGCGUCUGAAGAGAGAGGUAUUGAAUAUUACCGAUAUAAGCCAGUCUACGGCAAUUUUCUUCCUGGAGGUGCUGAGUCAGAUGCAUUUUUGGAAGACUCUGAACAAGCAGAGGAAGAAAGAGAUCCACCAGGUGAUGAGCAUAAAGAGGAUACUGGUAAGCAACGGGUUUUAGAAAAAACCUUAAAAAAGAUUGAGGUGGAGCUGAAAGAACCACAGAAGUCACCCAUAGUGCCAAUCAUACGAAAUGUUUUAAAUGAAAUUUUCCAGAAUGCUUUAGUUAAUCAGCUCCACGUACUUCCUCUCUCCUAUUCCCAUUUGAGUGGCAUUUCUCACUCUGCAGAACAACCUGUCACCAAAACAUUCAUUCAAUUCACGGAUAAAACUAUGGGCACUUUGGUGUCUGAAGCAGAUGUAACUAUUGUCACAGAUGAUGUUGUUAAGACUGUAUUUCAAAAGCUUUAUUCUGCUGCCAGGGCAGAAAGAAAUACAAACAAAAGUAGGUAUAAAACUAUCACACCUUCAGCCAAUGCUCCUUUUCAUGAACAAAGUAAUCAAAGAAAAACGUCUGUGUAUCUGACAGCACCGAAUAGAGAAUCACAUCGGCUGCAUUCCUCCUCCAAUGUUGAGAGACUGACUAAGGUCAGUGUGGUUGAAGAUAUUGUACAAACAGUCAUAAGCAAUUUGGAAUCUUUUGCUACUUCUAAAGUCAAAUCUCUCUUUUAUCCUCCAGUUAGCUUUACCACCUCAAAGGCUUUACCUACACCCCAACAACCUACUUCAUUAAGCAAAGAGUUAUUACCUACAAAAGAUGUCCAUUCUCCCAAUGAGGAAAUUUCUUAUCCCUCAAUGGAUCUUAGUAGACCAGAAAAUAUGACCUCAGCAUGUCAGUUGUCUGUCUCUAAACUAAAUAAGUAUGCCACAGAAGUGACUAGGAAAAUCUUGCAAGGAAUCAAACAAGAGCUAGACAAAUUGAAAAGUCCUAUAGUUGCUCAUAACAUUGUCGUGUCUGAAAAUAUUGCAAGCCAGGUUGUUAAUACUGUUUUAGAUAUUGUGUCUACCAAAUGCAAAUCUGACAAAAACAAACUGGAGAAAGAUAAUAGUUCAGAUCUACAAGAAGGCAUUGUAGAAAAAUUGUUUAAUAAAACAGAAUAUCAAAGAGAACUUCAAUUUCAAAUACAAAGUAUUAUUGAAAAUAUUUUAAAUGACAUUUGUGAAAAAAAAUUGGAUGAGAAUCAUGUCCCACUUUCCCCAGUCACUAUUCAUCAGGAUAAUGUAGGAGCUGAACAUCCAGCAGCAAGCCCUGAAGUGGCAAUUGAAUGUACAAAUGACAGUAGCCCAAAACUUUCAAUUCCUAAAUCAGAUGUUAUCAUGAUUGCUAAUGAUAUGGUGAACAUAGUGCUUCAGAGUCUCAGUUCUGCUGUUACAGUUGGCAGAAAUAUAAAGGAGCCCAUUUUGGCACAUUUACCACUGAUGUCUCUUUGUGAUGUGAUUUCAAAAACAGAAAGUGAGCCUCCCACUCUUAGGGACAUAACAGAAGAAAAAAUGGGAAGCGGUCCUUCUGAUGUAGGAAAGAAAAAGACCAAGGCUAUAAGGGUGGAAUCUCCCCAUGAUGAUGAGCAAAUGCCAGUAGCAAAGACAGAUGAUGCCGGUCAAUCUCUUUUUGACCCAUGUGAAGACAAUGCUGACUACAUUACUAAAAGCAUUCUGAAGAGAUUGGAAUCUUUUAAAAAAGAAAAAGAAUCUUUUGCCACAGAAAGAAUAGACUCCUUAGUUAGCAUUGAUUCACAGACUAAAGAAAAAUCCUUUGUUGUCACUGAACUUUCCAGUCACCUACAGGAUGAAGGUCACUUUCUUGUACCAGGCCAAGUCCAGUCAAAUAUGAAGGCCUUGAAAUUAACUAUGACCAAAGCUCUUCUUGGCCGGAAUCUCAGAGAUACUUCACUAGCCAGUUACAAAGAAAACACUGCAUCUACAAGUCACCUGUCACAAACCAAUCUUAGGGAGUAUGCUGACAUAAUUGCUAGCACUGUAUUAACAAUUAUCAAAAAUGAUUUAGACAUAGAGAUGCAAAAGAUGUGUUCUUAUCCAAAUAAUGCUUCAUUUCAAGAAAAUAUCAUAGCAAGUGAAAUUGUUAACAACCUAUUAAAGAUGUUUGGUGAUAAAAUAUCUUUAAAAGAAAGGUCAUCUUUAUCAAAGCUCCAGACAGGUAUGCAAAAUGAAGAGCUAGUGGAAGAAAGACAGGAUAAAAACACUGGAAUAUCUCUUCUUUCAAAAUAUCCAUUGAAACAAAGCUUAUUGAGUUCUGAAAAUGAAAGUCAGAGAACAAUUUUGAAGGAAAUAUUUAUGAGAAAUGCUGAGUCCAGACAGGAAGAAACUGCCCCAAUAUUCAGCACAGUUGAAGAUGUUUUAAAUAAGGUGAAUCAACGAAUAAUAGAAGACUUUAGCCAUUUGCCUCCUUUUAAUGAACUCUCUCACCUUAUGUCUGAAUCAAAAAUGAAAACACCAAAUGGGGCUCCCAAAAAAUCUUUUCAGUCCAAUAUUAAUAUUGUAGCGAAUGACAUAGUUGAUAGUGUAUUUGGCACAAUGUACUCUGUUGUUCUGACAUCCAUAUAUGAGAAUGGUGAAACAGAGAGAGAAGUGAGUGCAACUGGCAAUAAAGAUAUAUUGGUGGCAAAAACACCAUCUUUCAGUGUAGCUACACUGUCAGAAAAAAGGAGUGAACCUUCUCAAGCCUUAAUGCCUCAAACUUAUCCUCAUUCGAGUGUUAAAAAUGUGUUGUUGGAAGACACUGUAUUGCACUGUUCUCCAUUGAGAGUGGGUGAAGAUCUGGUGCAAAUGGUUCUUAAUAAAAUCAUAUCUUUUGCUUCCUUGAACCUAGAAGAGUAUUCUUCCCCUGAUGUUGCAUCUGAUGGUGUCCCAUCUUCCCGGCAACAUGUGGCUAAAACCAGCCCCAAGCCAGGUCUUAGGAGCAGUUUAAAAACAAGUUUGAAAUUCAGCUCAGUGCAGAAAUGUAAGGCAAAAUCCCAGGCCAUAUCUGGUAAUUCUAAGGGGAAGGGGAAGGCCAAAAUACUCAUAGAAGAAAAAAUUGCGUUGAGAGGAAGUCGUUCCAAGUCUCUUUUCAGCCUCUCACAUGUCUUAUCGACAGGAGAUGCCAAAACCACCUCCUUGCAAGCAAAAUUGCCUAUGUAUGAGCUAAAAAACUAUGCCAAAUAUAUAGUGAGUAACAUCCUAGAAACCAUUGUAAAUGAAUUCCAACGGGUGAAAUGCAGUAAAAUGAUGAUCGACACAGGAAGUUUACCAAAUUCUGACCAAAUCAUAGCAGCAAGUGAACUAGUUAAUGCAGUUUUGCAAGGAUUGUAUUCCUCCAAUUCAAAUAACUUCACUUAUCAGAUUAAAUCUGCACACUUGGAAGAUGUGAAAUUUCCAGAAAGGAAGUUCGGUACAGAGUCUCUUUCCAAAUCUCAGGCCUGUUUUUUCUUGGAGAAUGUUUCUUCACAGCUAGAACAAAUUUUUCCUAAAGAAGGUGUUUUUAAGAAAAUGUUUGAUAAAUGGCAAACAGAGUCAAAUGACAUGGAAAAUGAAAAAUAUAAGCUACUAAUGGUUGCUGAAAAUGUCUUGAGUGAAAUCUUAAUAAAAGUGAAAGAGUUAGAAUGUUCUGUUUCCCUCCUAAGGAUGCCCCCUAUUGAAGCUUGUGAAAGCAUUUUCUGUAAUAAUUUUAAAAGAACACCUGCUAGUGUUGAUGAUUCCAAAGCACAGAUUAAUUUGUUUGGCAGAGAAAUUGUUGAAAUUCUAUUUGAAAAAUUACAGUUGUGUUUUUUGACUGAGAUGCCCAUUCCUGAUAAUAAGGAAACGCUAGCAAGAAAAAAAGAGCAGAUUAAUUCUAGGACUAAAUAUUUUUCCCCAACUGGACAGCUCUUGAGCAAUGUACCUUCCUACAGUACAAAACUAAAGGAUCAGAUCUCUUUGAGUUCUAAUAGCAGAAUUGCUAGAGAGAUUGUUGAGAAUGUGUUACAUACCUUGGAAACAUUUGUAGAUUUGCAAUUUAAACAUAUCUCUAAAUAUGAAUUUUCUGAAAUUAUGAAAAUACCUAUUGAAAAUUUUUAUCCUGCCCAACAGAGACCACUUAAUAGGAGAAUAUUGCCAAAAUUACAACCACUGAAUGAUUUUCCUGAUGAGUCAAAGUUAAGUAGUAUUAUCACAAAGGAAAACAUACAAAAAACGCUUUUUCAGGUUCAUUCAUUCCAUUCACAACUGCGUACUUAUGCAAUUAAUACCAUUAGUGACAUGCUAAGUAUAAUUAAGUGCAAGCUAGACGAAGAAAUCAGCCAAGUGGAACAAUCACCAAUUAACAUCUUAGAAGAAAACAUGGUAGCCAGUGAAAUCAUUAGUAACUUAAUGGAUCAGUGUGUUCAUUUCAGUGAUUCUGUGCUUGAAAAUAUACCUAAGGAAAGCCCAGUUCGAGGAGCUGAAAAUACUUAUACUGUUCACCGAGUUGAAGUGGCAGCUAGCAUGAAAAUGUCCAAUAGCACGUUAAAAGAAGUCACUAUUCGGGAAAGCCUUCCACCUUUUCAAGUGCCUGGUAUGGUGAUUUUUUCAGAGGAAGAACUAGGAACAUAUAAUAGGAAUUCAUCUAAUAUUAACUCAUAUACCAGAUAUUCUGCAGGAGACACCUCUAGAACUUCAGGCAUAGUGGGCACACCUGAAUCAGAACCAGGACCAAGCUCUAGUAGAAGAGAAGGGCGAAGAAAAUCAUCAAGGAGAUGCAACUUUAACUAUUUUGAACAAGAUCCCACGCAACAAGAGAGUUCUCUUCCAGAAGGGAGUGUUUUACAAAAAUUGUUCAAGAAAAAUAAUGAACCUGUUAAUGUGGUAUUGAAAGAAAUUAUGCCCUUUGUGAACCCGGAAGAGAAUGAGGAGGGACCAAGAACAUUUCACCGUGAGCAACUAAAACCAGGUAUUGAGCCAAAGAAUAUCCAUACAACUGUUAGUCCACUAAAAAUAUGUCUUGCUGCUGAAAAUAUUGUCAACACUGUUCUGUCUUGUUAUGGCCUGGGGACCCAGGCACAUGCAAUGGGGAGCAAUGUAGAGACAAUCAAACCAUUUUUCAUGUCAAAGUCACAAUCAUUAUCCACUGUUUCCUCACAAUCUAUAAACCAGGACGAGAGAAGUAAUUUGCUUAGAACAUGGGAAAAAAGACUCCGAUCUGCCAGUGAAAAAGAAUUCAAAAACCGUGAAAAUCCAAUAUCUCGUGGAAUCGAAGAUUAUACUUUACUUGAAAAGUGGAAAAACAAAACAUUUCCAAGAGCAGAUAAAAUAGAAACUUUGAAAACAUUUGAUGUCAUUACUUUUGCUGAUUAUGAACUGGGUCCAAUCGAAAUCAGCCAGAUAGCAAGACAUGUCACCAUGUCUGUGGUCACACAUUUCAAGAAUCUCCAAAGUGAAGGUUCCUGUGAUGAAAAGGUACCUGUUGUGUCUUCACUAUCAAGAAAAAAACUAGAUCCAAAGAGGCCUCUGAGAAGUGGGCAAACUGAAUCUUCUUUCAAUGAGUUCUGUGAACAUCUCACUGACUCUGUUAUUUUCCAUAUAAUUUCAAGUGUUUCUGAUGGUACUGAAGAUGGCAGAGCAAAGCUGAAAUACCUUGGAAAUAAAAUUUCAGCAUCUGAGAAAUUAAUUUCAAUCAAUUCUGAAAUGUUGGGAGCCCGAGGAUCCAAGAGUAGAUCAGUUCUUAUUGAUGACAUUGCUUUCAGUAUUUUUGAAGUUAUUAUUCAAGUCCUAUCUAAUAAUAACAUUUUAAAGGCAGAUGUUACUGAGCAUGUUGUUUCCCUGCAAACAAAAUACAUUUAUUCUCCAGAUGUUGCUACCGUAGACAUUGAUGAUCUCUUUCAAGAUCUCCUAUCAGGAGUGAUUCAUGUGCUAACAAAAGAAAUAGGAAUUAAUAACCAGUGUAACAGUAAAGGGAAAUCAAUUCCCGCAUCUAAAAGUCAGAGUGUUCCUAUUUGCCAGAAAACAAGACCCAUAGAAAGACAGGUAAGCCAACGAAGCUGGGACCCAUCACUUACUCACAGAACAGAUCAACUUGUCCAGAAAAAUAAAAUCAGUUCUGUGGCAUCUAAAUUAGACAGUCUACUAGGGAGCCUAAAAACUUAUGAAUCUAAAGAAAUGGUGAAUAAAAUUUUUAAUAUUGUCUUAGAUUUAUUUUUGCCAGAUGAAUGCCAAAGUGGAGUUUUGGACUCUGUCAAAGCAUCAACAAGACAUUUUUUUGACUCUUCAGAGAAGCAGCCUAAUAACCUAGGCUUAUCUCCCAAAUCCAUAUUCCUCCUCAAUGUUGUGUGUGAGAAACUUAUAAGGACACUUUUGGAAAAAUGUACAACCACAGACAUACUGACAGGCGGCCCUCUUUCUGAGGAAUUGUCUACUGCAGAACGGCAGCUUUUUAAUGUAAUCCAAAGUGUGGAGGAGGAAGAAUUUGGUUAUGGAGAGGGAAAAGUGAGUUCAGAGCAAGCUGAGCCAUUUCAGGCAGAGGACUAUGUGUCAGACUUUGUGUUGGAACAACUGGCUGAAAGUGAAAAAGAGUUGCUUUCCUCAGAAUCAAUGCUCAGUGUCAUUUCCCAUGGCUUGGUAAAAUCCCUGAUGGAAAAGCUGUCAAACAGCAUACAGGCAGCCCCCCCAAAACCCCAAUAUGCCAAUAAGCUUUUAAAGUACAGUGCAAGGGAAAGACCGGCCAAUGCCCAGGGAGCACAACUACCAAAAGGCCUCAUGCGGUCCAGGGACAAACUCACAUCAGAGACCCUCAAUCAUCUCCGGAUAACCAGCUCCAAAAUCAGACCACCCUUUAAGCAGUUUUCUGCUUCCUCUAUGAAAAAACUGGGAAGGAAAGAAUUAAAAAUUAAAACAGUUCCCAAAAUGCUACAAUCAGGCCAACUCAGUACAGGUAUUUACUCAGCCACGUUUUUGGAGGACAUUAUUUCUGACCUGUUUUCUUCUAUGUAUACUUCAUUGUGUGACCGAGAUGAAAAUGUCACAGAGGAGCAGCUCAGUGAGAUGAAUACAUUAAUUGUCAAUUCUGUGGUGAAUGCAUUUAAUAAGGCCCAAGUCACUGUGCUCCGGAAUGCUGAAGAAAGGUUGUGUUUUCCACCUGUACAGAAAGAAGCUGUGACCAAAAUUGUUGAUUCCGUUUAUAAUGAAGUUUUGCAGGAAUACGAAUCAAAAAUGACUUGCAUUAAUGAGAAUGAUGGAACUGAUGACCUCAACUUAUUAGCUGAGCAGAUGACCAAUGCUGUGCUGACUGAGAUUUUAGACUACCAACUUCCAUCAUGCUUUGUGGAAAGACUCACUCCUGAGUCAUACUCCCCCCUCAAAGUUGAAAAUGUCCUUCAGAAGCUUCAAGAGAACUUGAGUUCCCAAGUUCAGCCUUCAGCAGGAUAUACUACCAUGUUGCCUCACUCGUUUUUAGAGGAUGUCCUUAGAAAGCUGUUAUCACAGAUCAUCCCUCCAUCAUCUAGUGACGUUUGGUCUAUGGAAAAGAAAUAUUUAAUGAGCUCAGACUUUAACGAAAUGUCUGCUUGCAUAAUAAACAAGGUUAUGUCAGCCAUUUCUAAACACAAAAUUUGGCUCACCAAAUAUGAUCAUCAGUAUUUAUAUUCAGAAAGAAAUCUCCAAACAAUGGUUGACUCAGUUUACAGUAAUAUUUUACAAAUCUCAGGAUCUCACUCAUCAAUACAGAAAAGUAUAACAAGCCGAAGUCCUGUCAUUGUUGACAGAAUAGCCAGUUUUAUUAUUCAAGAGAUUACUGAAAGUCACCUCCAGCCCUUUUUAUUUGGGCAUAGUGCCUCUCAAUCAACAACUGCCACUGACGAAGUGUCCACCAUGGUUAAGAAUGUUCUCAAUGAAGUGACAGGACUGCAAAGAUCCCCUACAGCAUCCUCCCUAAGCAUGGGGGUUUACCCUGCUGAAUUCGUGGAAGAAAUUGUCGCUAGACUCUUAUCAAAGAUCUUCAGCCCAAAAGUGAAAAUUGGGGCAGAAUUAAACAAUGUGACACACAAAAUUGUAGAUUCCAUAAAUGCUCACUUUGACCAAGCCAAAGUCCGAGUGGUACGUCAUGAUGAGGCACAGCCUUUUCCACCUCUGAAUAUCGAUAUUGUGGAUGAAUUGGUAGACUCUGUCUACUGUAAUGUCCUGAAACAGCAUGGACUUGAUCCUACAGGUGAGCAAGAAGAACCAGUGAGGACUGACAUUUUUGUUGAAAAUCUUACCAGUUUAAUUGUAGCAGCAAUUUCUGAUUAUCUUCUUCAUCCCCUUUUUUCUGGAGAGCUCUCUGCUUCUUCCUAUUCUUCUUUGACAGCAGAUAACAUUGUACAAGAAGUCUUAAGUGGAAUCAGCAAAACUAGCAAGCAAAGCCAGAGUCUAUCUCCAUAUAAUACCUUACUGCCUUAUACUUUCUUAGAAGACAUGAUAAGAGUGCUCCUAUCUCGAAUCUUUCCUUCAGCAUCUGGGGUGGUUCAAUAUCAAGAAGAUCUAAAAGAUACAUCUGGAGUUAAUUUCAAUGAAGUUGCUUCGAAGCUUAUCAGCGAUAUCCGGAAGAAAAUUUCAAAACACGAAAUUCGAUUUUCCAAAGAUGCAGAAGAACCACAAUAUAUUUAUUCAGAAGAUGAUGUCCAAAAUCUUGUUGACUCUGUUUUCAAAAACAUCUUGCAAAACUCUGGCUCACAAGAAGCAAUUGAACAAGAGAUAACAAGCAGUAACAAUGCUUUCAUUGAUCGAGUAGCUGGUUUUAUCAUUAGAAAUAUUUGUCACCAACACCUUCAGCCAUUUGUGUCUGGAAAGACAAUUCCUCCACCCCAGAUAUGCCAUGUUGGUGGGCAAAGGCAGUUGUUACAGUUUUACGCUGGUGUUUAUUCCUCAACAUUUUUGGAAGAAGUAGUCUCUGGAGUUUUAUCCAAAAUCUUUUUCAAGGUGGUGGGUGUUGCAUAUGCAAAAAUAAUAAGACAACCUGAAAGUGAACUGGAGGAGACAGCUAUUCAACUCAUAAAUUCAGUAGCAGAGGAGUUUGAAAAAGCAGAAGUAAACAUUCUAGAAAAUGCUGAAGAGGAAUUAAGUUUGCCACAAGUAGAUAGGGAUGUCAUCAUUAAGAUAAUUGACAUGGCUUACAACAAAGUUUUGCAAGAAUAUGACUUAGACCUAACACUUGAUAAAGAUUUUUUUAAUGACACAAAGACUUUGGCAGAAAGGAUAACCAAAAUCAUUCUGGCAGAGAUCUUUGAUUUUCAGCUCCAACCAGAUUUGGUCACAAGGCUACCAUUCACAUCUCUGUCAAAUCUCGAUGCUGAUGUUUUGCUUAAGAAAAUUCAGUUUGAAAUUAACCGACCAAAGCCUCAGAGACAAACUUCAACAAUAUAUACAACUAUGUUAUCACAUACUCAUCUGGAAAAGAUAGUCACCCAGCUUUUAUCACAGAUGUCCUCAGACUCCAGAGCAGAAGACUCAGUUACUUCAAAGCCUGAUUUAAGUAAAACUGUUGUGAAAUUGAUCAAUGAAAUCAUGGCCAUCAUUUCCAAACAUGCUAUCUGGAUUACGAAGCAUGGAAAUGAAAAACAAAGUAUGAUUUCAGAAACAGAUAUUGAGAAUAUGGUGGAAUCCAUUUGUGCUGACAUUUCACGUUCAAAUCUCUACCAGUCUCUUACAAAAAAUAAAAAAGACAUAAAUAAUAUACCUGUUUCCAAAAUAGCAAGUUUCAUAAUCAAAGAAAUUUUUAAUCAUCAUCUUCAGUCAUUUUUAUCUCAAGAGCAAACCCUUUCUCAAUCUACAGCUGACUUAACUAGGAAACAGACUUACAAAGAUGUAGAAAUUGACCCAAAAGAACUGUCUCUCAUUGUUAACUCAGCUAUAUUUUUGGAGGAAGUCAUUUCUGAGCUUUUAUGCAAAAUCCUUUAUGCAUUCUCACAUAAUUUCACCUCAUCUGAGGAUCCAAAGUCUAAAGCCAAACUUACUGACAUUGUUACAAAAUUAGUCCGAUCAAUUGUGCUUGAGUUUGCAGCAUCUGAAAUUUUGGUUACUGAAAAUUUUGAUGAAAAUCUGUGUUUUUCUGAAGGGUAUAAAGAAAUGGUUAGUAAGAUAGUCAACUUAAUUUAUGAAAAAAUAACAGAUGAUUAUGAAUCUCUGGAUCUUGUUUAUACCAACAUAGAACAUGACACUAAUAAUUUUGGAAGAAAAGUAUAUAAUUUACUUUUGGGAGAAAUUUAUGAUUAUCAAGUACAGGGAUUAAUUUCUGGAACAUUAUCUUUGUCUACCUAUUCUUCACUUAGAGCUGAGAAUAUUAUUCGAAAUGUACUAAAUGUUAUUGGUAAAGAAAGCCAUUAUUUGCCCUCCUUCAUUACUGUAUUACCUCGCUCUCUUUUGGAAGAUAUGGUUUCUAAACUUUUAGGUCAUAUUUUUCCUUCAUCUGAAGCUAGGGUUCAAACAAAAGAACAAGAGGCACCACCAGAUGAUGAUUUUAUGUCUGUAGCUUCAAGACUGACUGAUGCUAUUAUAGCUGAAAUUUCUGAACAUGAAAUUAGACUGACCGCUGCAGAGGAGAAUGCCUCACACAUGAAUUUGGAAACUAUUGAAAGCAUAGUCGACUCGAUUUGCAAAAAUAUUUUGAAGAAAGCUGAAUUCCAAGCUGAAGUCCAGAAAGAGGAGAGUGAGAAGGGAGGCAUAUUCCUCACCAAAAUAGCUGGCUUCAUUAUGAAGGAAAUUGUAGAUCAUCAUCUCCAGCCAUUCUUACAUGAGGAAGACCCUGAUUCUGGUGAAGCUUCUGAUAAAGAGUCUGUUGUUGAUGUUCUUGAGCAAGAAAAAGAACGACCGUGCACACCCCAGCCUUCCCUCUACUCAGCAACAUUUUUAGAAGAUGUUAUUUUUGAUCUUGUUAGAAAAUUGUACCCUGUCCCAAAAACUCUUGAGUAUGAUGAAGAUGAAAGUACAACAGAGACCAACCUUGUGAGCAUGGCUAUCAAAUUAGUAAAUUCUCUAAUAGGUGAAUUUCGAAAAAGUGAUGUUAAGGUUCUCCCCAAUGCUGAAGAAUUGUUUUCUUUUCCACCAGUAGAUAAAGAAACUAUUGAUAAAGUGUCUGAUUCUGUGUAUGAUGAAGUUAUUAAAAAAUAUAAAUCUGAGGAUGCUCAUCAUGAUGAGGAAGAGAGCAAUAUUUCUAUUGAAAUGAUAACCAACUUAGCAAAGAAGGCAAUCUCAGGUUUCAAGUUUAAGCCCCUUUUUUCUGGAGACUGGUUUGCCCCUUUCUUUUCAUUUCUAGAACCAGAUAACAUCAUCCAAAGGGUCCAAUAUCUGCCACCAAAGACCUCAUUUGAUAAAGACAUAAGGGAUGCUCCUAUCAAAGAUUCUUCACUGAAAGAUUCCCUUGCAAAGGUUGAAACUAUACCUAGAAAUGAUGACCAGGAUUCAAUGUUCAUUUCUCUAGCUAGCACUAUGAAAACUAAAAUGUGUGCCCUGAAAUCUGCAGACUGGGAGCUAACUGACAAAAGGGAAACACAUGUUGAGACUCUUAGCCAACCUUCAUCAGUGGCUUCAUUGCACCUGGUUCACAAAGAUGUUCCUGACAAAGGCAAAGAGGUGAAGAAACACCCUCUUGAUGAUGCCAAAACAUCCUCCCAAUCACCUGAAAUGAAAUCAGGUAUUUUUUCAGCUAGAUUUUUAGAAGAUGUUGUCACAGAGAUUGUGAACAAACUGAUCUUUUCUUCUUCACCAGAAACUUGUGAAGAAUGUAAAAAAAUUCAGGAUGAUGUAAAUCAGACUGAGCUCUAUGAAACAGCAAUGAAACUGAUUGAUUCCUUGUUAAAACAGUUUUCUGAAGCCCGAAUUAGGGUGUUUAGGCCUGCUGAAGAAAUACAACCUUUGCCCCAGGAACCUAAAGUAUUGAUUGAAGAGAAAAUGCCAGACAAGCAUAGUUCUGCUACAUGGGAAGGACCAACUCUCCAGAGAACACCCUCACUGCCUAAAAUGCCACCUGUGCCCCCAAAAAUCCUGGUUGAUAGGGGAUCAUGUACAGACAUACAACAUUACACUGAUUAUAUGCCACCAGUGGAUAAAACAUUGGUCAAUAAGGUCGUGCACUCCUCUCUCUGUAACGUUCUGCAUGAAUACAGAUCUCAAGACUCAAUUUGCAAAGACAUCAACGAUAGUGAUAAGUUAGCCAAAAGAUUAGCUGGUGCUGUAAUAGAAGAAAUGUUUCAGCAUCAGCUCAGCCUACUAUUACAGGAUGAAUUGCCCACUGAAGUGUGCAUACCUCUGGAAUCUAAGGAUGUUGUUACGAAAGUACAAAAAGUCGCCAAAAAACACACCAAAGAAUGUCAGACUUCCUCACCAUAUACUAUCAUGCUGCCUCAUGAAUUUUUGGAAGAAAUUAUUUCAUCUCUUCUAGCCAAAAUUUUCCCAUCAGGAGCCGAAAAAAAUCUAGAUUCAGAAGCAGAAGGUGACAGCCUUUUUAUGGAACUGAACUUCCUUCAAAUGAAAUUAGUCAGCAGGGUUAUGACAGAAAUAUCAAAAGACAAAGAUAUGAUAAUACAAUAUGUUGAGUGCUUACACCCCAAUGAUGAUGAAGUAAUUCAGGUAGUGGUACAGUCUGUUUACAGCAAUCUUUUGCCACAGUUUGGCUCUCAGGAGAUCAUACAGAACUGUGCAACAAGUGGAUGCAGAAUGCUUUCUGAAAGCAUAGCUGACCUAGUUGUAAGAGAGGUUGCUGGCAAUCAGCUGCAGACAUACUUUUCUGGAGAGUUAACACCCCACCAAUGUGCCGAAGUUGACAAUGUUGUUGAAAAUAUCCUUAAAGAUAUUUCCCAGAGCCCAGCAGGUCUUCCAACUAAACAAACCUAUGAUCAAAAAUUACCUUUGAACAUCCUAGAAGAAAUUGUAGUAAAGUUUUUAUCCCGACUUUUGUCUGUGUUCCCUAUGAUAGAGAGAGAAAGAACUAAGCAUUUGGAGGCUGAAUUGGAAAAAAUUAGUAACAAAAUAAUAACCUCACUGAAAGAGUUUAUAUCAAAAAAUCCAAUUAAAAUUGUACAGCAGCCUAAUGAACCUCCCACGUUGCCUAAGGAAGAUAACGAGGCUGUAGAAAAAGUAGUUGAUAAUGUUUAUGAUAGCGUUUUAAAACACUCUGGCUCUCACAUUUCUAUGUAUAAAGAUUUAUUAGGGAAGAGCAACAUUCUAGCUGAUAUAAUAGCCUUCUUAAUGGUCAAGGAAAUUUCCAACCCUGAAUUUCGGCCUCCUUAUGAAAAAGAGACAUCAGGUCCUCAACUGGCACUAGAAGCUGUCACAGUUAUGGAAAAAGUCCUUCAAAUUCUAGAUGACAUUAAGUCACAGGAGAAACUUUCAGCCCCCAAAACUCCAGUGCUGGAUGCCUCCUUUUUGGAGGAAACAUUGGCAUUAUUCCUAGCAAAAAUAGUCAAGUUGCCCUGUGUUGCAACCAAAGAGGCAAAAAGCUUCUCCAAACCUGAACUGAAUAAAAUUGCAUCUCAGCUGACAAAAUCAGUGGCUGCUGAAAUAUCUAAAAGUAACAUUAGUCUUGUGGCUUCUGACCCUGAAGUGUACUUUAUGAACCCAGAAAAUAUUGAAAUGAUUUCUCAGGUUGUUGAUUCUGUAUAUAGUAAUGUUUUGCGACAAUCUGGAACCCAAGAGGAAUUCUUUCAUGAUAUAAAAAGUACGAACAGAUUUUUCCCCAAAAAAGUAGCUAGCUUAAUAAUCAGUGAGAUUUCGCAUUGUCCCCCAGAAUCUGUUAGCUCCCGUAGUUCAUCCACUGAUGUCUUCACUGAUCUGGAUGUUGACCGAAUUGUUGAAAAAGCCAGUGAGCAUGCCAUAAAAAUGGGCUCUAUGCUAUUAAGAGAAGAGGACAUUAAGGAGGAUGACCUGCAAGUUAAAAUUGUCCCUCACCUUGGAAAUAAGCCAAUCAGAAUAGAUCCAGCCAUUGUUUCUCAACACUUAGCGGUGAUUUCACUCAAAACUCAACCACUGGAGAAACUAAAGAAGCAGUGUUUGUCAAGAACUGGACACAGUCUAGCAGAGCUAAGAAGAGCAUCAAUAAGUGGGAAGAGCUACUCCUCAGAAAUAGUUGACAUAGAAUCUAGGAAAAAGGAAAGACGGAUCUCUUUGGAUAAAACAGGGCGGCUGGAUGUAAAGCCCUUUGAGCCUGUUUCCAGGAACUCAUUUCAGAACGUAAGAAAGCCCGAUAUCACCAGGGUGGAACUCUUAAAAGAUGUCCAGAGCAAAAAGGAUCUUAUUAUUCGUCUGGUUGCCCAUGACAUUGAUGAAGAGACAGAGAAUAGGGGGGAUGAUGGCUUAAUCUCUGAUGAGGAAGAAUUUGGCUCCCGAGAAGUUGUUUUAAAAGAAGAGUGUGCCCUUGAGCUAAUGGAAAUGGAGGAAGAGGAGAAAGUCCCAGAAAGUAAAGUCAGUUUACCCAAGUCUUCACUGAGUUCCAGUAGCCUGAAGAAACUAUUGUCCAUAAGCAAGUGUUGUCAGGCUACUUCUACUACCACACCAGAAAGUAUUGAAGCCUCUCCAAGUCAGAUCAAGGAACCAAGAGCCCAAGAAGAGGCAGACGAGCCAGAGGAGCCAGAGGAGCCAGAAGUGCCAAUAGCUGUCGCAGAAAGUGAAGCACUUACCCAGCAAGAAGAGGGGAAAACCAUUGCUGCAGAGCCUCCACAUUACCUGAUACACAGAACUAUGAGCUCAUAUUCAUACAACCAAGAGAUGCUUUCUGAAGGACACUUCUCAGCGUCUCAUGAUGGUGCCCCACAAUGCAAACUCUGGGGCAUUGGGCCCAGUGGUUCUACCAGCCCCAGACCGCAGACCAAGCCCCGCAGAAAGCUGCGUCCGCACCACGAUCAGGGCCCCGCGUCCAGGCUCAGGCUCUUGUCCCCUUCAGACUCCUCUGAUGCGAGGCUCCCCGUCCAAUCCACGAUCUUGCCCAGAGGCUGCAGGACCCGCAUCUACUGGAUCGGGACCCCGCCCCUGGCCAGUCCCCCAUCCCCCUCCUCCUUAUCAGACUCAGCUGUGGGGUCUCAUGGGCCGCUGGACGACGCCUUGAGCCACCUUGGAUCAGGACUCUCGUGGGUCCCGCCUAGCCUCUGGCUCCUCGACUCGGAGCCCACACCCAGCUGCCCCGAGGGGUCCCCGAGGGGCUCCGAUGAGCGGGGGCCCCAUCGGAGCCUUCCCUAUCUGCCCACCGCCGCGCAGACCUGA